GUGAAUUUUCAUUGACGUUUUCUGUCACGUUAAUGUCAAAAAUUUGGAUUUGGAAGUGUGAUGUAUUUUUGACGUAUACGCGAAAUUUCAAUACUUGAUGCAGUGCUAAAAUAUUUAAGUAUAUUCUCUUUUACGUGCUAAAUAUAGUAAAGAAAUAUAAAUAUGGCCCUUUCCACCUUGAUUCGUACGCCAGUGUUUGCAGGCCGGUUUUUUAGCCAACAAGUUUUGAAGUAUGGAUCUGUGAGUUGCAUGCAGCGACCCCUAGCCAGUAUGGUGCCCAUUAGCCAACAUGCAUUCAAGGAAGUUACACAAACUCCUAUCAUUAACUCUGUAAGAUCGUUCCGUACGUCGCCGGUGAGUCUUUCUGGUGAAAAGCCUCAUGACCACUCGAAACUGUGGGUGAUAGAGAAAGGAGUGGCUGCACUCAUGGUACCUCUUCUGCCUCUGGGCUUGUUGAUCCCAAACAAGCUGUUUGACUCUGCCAUUGCUAUCCUCAUUUGUGCACAUUCAUUUUGGGGUCUGGAAGCGAUCGCCAUAGACUACGUCCGCGCCAGUGUUGUAGGUCCCAUCCUCCCCAAAAUUGCCCUCGGGCUUGUGUACCUUAUCUCCAUAGCAAUGCUUGGCGGUCUCUUCUACAUCAUUGGCCACGAUGACGGCCUCGCGAACACCAUCAAACAAAUCUGGGCCAUCAAAUCUGACCGCCAAAAAUCAUAAAUGCGGUCAAAUAAUUACCUAGUAUUAUAGGAUUAGCUGGAACUUUUAGCUCUAACUUUAACCUAGGAAGAUUUUUUUUAAUAAUAAUUGAUUACGUCUCAAUGAGGUUAUGAUUUACAAAAGAUUAUAACUAUAGGUAACGUUGUUGAUAUAUUUGUAAUUAGGUUAUUGUUACUGUUUAAAUGUGACAGCUGACCGUUUUAUUGUAGGAUGUCAUAGUUUGGAAAUAUUCGCGAGGUCUGUGGCUAGAGGAAGUUGCUCGACUAUACUUGGCAAUGCUAUGGAUCACUGAGUAAUGGCCACUUGUUCAGUAAAACCUUUGCAAUAUUACAUUAUUGAUCGUUCACUUGUUUUUAAACGUACGUUCAAGGAUUACCCAAGUGAACUA